UGUGGCAAAUACCCAUUGAGAAUCGAGGACAUCAUAAAUAAAAUUUUGCACGCUGCGUACCAUUACCAAUCGGAAAGUUUGUUUUCAUGUGAUCGUCUAAUUAAUUUAAAAAAAUGUGGAGGCCGACAUUCACAAUAUUACGGAAAAUUGUUUUGCCAUCUCUAAAAGAGAACGUGACUUUGUCAAAGAUACUUUUCUCCACUAAAAGCCGGCUUCCAAAAUCAACAUCAAAGUUAACCCUCGUUAGUGCCAGUAUCGGAGUUCUGAUAGGCGCGGGUUAUGGAGGUUACACACAUUACAAAGUUAAUGUUAAGAAGCCUUUCAUUCCGGUUGAGAAUGAGGAAUACGCAUUUUUUAAAGAAGCUCCCGAGUAUGAGGCUCAAUACAAAGUAAUAAAUGAGGGUGAUACGAGUAAUCUGCAGCUCACGCUGUUUCAAUAUCGAACUUGUCCGUUUUGCUGCAAAGUGCGGGCAUUCCUGGACUCGCGCGGAAUCAGCUACGAAAUCGUGGAAGUGGAUGCUGUACUUCGUCAGGCAAUCAAGUGGUCAGGCUACAAGAAAGUCCCGAUACUGCUGGCGAAAGUCGAUGGAGGUUAUCAGCAACUUUUGGACAGCACAGCCAUCAUAUCUGUAUUGGAGACGUACUUCCAAGAUAAAUCACUGCAGUUGACAGACGUUAUCAAGUUCUACCCCGUAACAAAGUAUGUGAACGAUUCAGGGACUGAUGCCACGGAUAUUGCCAAUAAAUACUUCAUUAUGCAUAACGCACAAGUGCCUGAUGAAAAGGAGAGAGCUGCCGAGUUGGAAGAGCGAGAAUGGCGUCAAUGGGCUGACCGGGUCCUAGUUAAUACUCUGUCGCCGAACGUGUAUAGGACCAUGGCCGAGUCUCUGGAGACCUUCCAAUGGUUUGAGGAGGCCGGAGGUUGGAAGAAGUUCUUCCCGGCUUGGGAGUGCGCCCUAAUGGUAUACGUCGGAGCGGCCGCCAUGUAUAUGAUUUCAAAGAAGCUUAAGACUAGGCACAAGAUUAAAGAGGACGCUCGUGAAUCCCUCUACGAUGCUGUGAAUCAAUGGAUGGCGGCUGUUAACAAGAAAGGCACACCCUUCCUCGGAGGAAAUAAGCCCAACCUCGCCGAUGUCACCGUAUUCGGGGUACUAAGUAGCAUCGAAGGCUGCUCUGCCUUCCAAGACCUAAAGAACAACACAGACAUUGAUAAAUGGUACAGCAACAUAAAGAACACCAUACAAAGGAGAAUGGGUAAAGUUAUCGCCGUACAUGCAUAAACCAUAUUCGUAAUGUGUUUUGGUGUUGAUAAGCUACACUUUUCUAUAAAAAAUAUCAAUAUUCAGGUUUAAAUGUUUGCAAUAUUAGCCUUAAUUAAUAUUUACUACUGUUACUAGAUAUUAUUUAUAUUAGUCAAUAUUUACAUUUGUUUUUGAGCGUUCAUGCUUUAGCGUUAUCGGCCAGAGUUACUUGUGUGGACUAGGAGUAUUAGAAAUUAGAUAGAUUAUUGUAAUUUUUCAGUACAAAUCGUAAGUACUUAUUGAAGUUAAAACUAAAUUUAUAUUUGGAAUAUUAUAUCUAGCGAUCCUUAAUACGGUCUAUAGGGGUGACAUGUUAUGGCACGUAAAUAUUGAGAAAUUUUGUUUUUGUUACUUAAAUAGGAAUUGUACGGUACCCACUAGCUUAAACUAAUGUAGAAAGCAAAGGUUUCACAUAGAAGGGUGCACGUGAAUGCACACACUACACAUGUCACACAAAACAUGACUCAUUCCUAAUGGGUUCGUACAGUCUUUAGUCGCGUAAAUGAUAAAUUUUAAUUAGAAUAUUAAUGCUCAGCGUGCAUCUCGUUCUAAUUAUACUAUAACGUAAAAUAUGCGAAUUAAAGCAAGCAAAUAACGUUAUGUAAUACGGCUUUAUCGAAUGUUUUUGUUGCUUAUCGCUCUUGCCCACGGACCGCUCAUCAUCACGUGUAGUUUAUUUAUUUAAUUAAUUUAGCUCGUAAAUUUAUAGUUAGUACAGAAGUAAAAAUUACAGUCUUACAAUUAUUACUUAAAUGAAAUGGUUCGUAAUAAUAAAUAACGAGAUUUUUUCUUAAAAAUAAGUUUUAUUAGGACUUGAUAAUUAGGAAAUUAUUUUUUACUUGAAAGAAGUAUGGAGGCAUAUUUUAUUCUUGGCUAAGUUGAAUAAACAUGGCCUAAAGAGAAAUCUGACUUAUUGUUAUUAAGUUAUGGGUGAAUUAUUCAAUUUUGGUCGUGAUCUAACAACCCCCAGCCAAUUAGGUGAAUGGGAUAAAAAUACCUAAUUAUUUUCUAUGUUCAGAGAUAUUGAAUGAAGUUAAUAAAAUAUGUAUUAUUUUACACAAUUUCUCGUACUUGAAACUAGCUAUAAACAAACUGUUGUUAUUCGUUCAUAAGAUCACUAAAAACUUAAACAAUCUUUGUCACAAAUGUACAUAAUAUACUUCAUGUUAAAGUUUAUAAUCAAAAAUCAUAUAUUAAUACAGUAAUAGCUACUUAAAAUUGUGUGCCUUCAUAAAAGUCCUCAUUGUUAUUCGAUCAUGGUCUGAUUUAUCCUAAUUAGAGUAUUUUAAAAUGUUAUUAAUACAACGCUGUCAACACCAAAGCACGUAGACUAGCUUCCUUCAAUUGUUAGAAGAAUGUAGAGCAAUAUGUAAACAUGUGAUUUAUUGUUUAGUUGAAUUGUUAUUAAAAUACAUGACUAUUUAUA